CACACUUGGACAGCAAACUGAUUUCAAACCACUCCUUUUCAAAGAUCUCUAAGGGAGACAUUGCACCUGGCCACUGCAGCCCAGAGCAGGUCUGGCCACGGCCAUGAGCGUGCUGAGCCAUCAUGCCCACCGUGGAUGACAUUCUGGAGCAGGUUGGGGAGUUUGGCUGGUUCCAGAAGCAAGCCUUCCUCAUCCUAUGCCUGCUGUCGGCUGCCUUUGCGCCCAUCUGUGUGGGCAUCGUCUUCCUGGGUUUCAUACCUGACCACCACUGCCAGAGCCCUGGGGUGGCUGAGCUGAGCCAGCGCUGCGGCUGGAGCCCUGCGGAGGAGCUGAACUACACAGUGCCAGGCCUGGGGCCCGCGGGCGAGGCCUUCCUUGCCCAGUGCAGGCGCUAUGAAGUGGACUGGAACCAGAGCGCCCUCAGCUGUGUAGACCCCCUGGCUAGCCUGGCCACCAACAGAAGCCACCUGCCGCUGGGUCCCUGCCAGGAUGGCUGGGUGUAUGACACGCCUGGCUCUUCCAUUGUCACUGAGUUCAACCUGGUGUGUGCUGACUCCUGGAAGCUGGACCUCUUUCAGUCCUGUUUGAAUGCUGGCUUCUUCUUUGGCUCUCUGGGUGUUGGCUACUUUGCAGACAGGUUUGGCCGUAAGCUGUGUCUCCUGGGCACCGUGCUGGUCAAUGCCGUGUCGGGCGUGCUCUUGGCCUUCGCGCCCAACUACGUGUCCAUGCUACUGUUCCGCCUGCUGCAGGGCCUGGUCAGCAAGGGCAACUGGAUGGCCGGCUACACCCUAAUCACAGAAUUUGUUGGCUCGGGCUCCAGAAGAACGGUGGCGAUCAUGUACCAGAUGGCCUUCACGGUGGGGUUGGUGGCGCUUACCGGGCUGGCCUACGCCCUGCCUCACUGGCGCUGGCUGCAGCUGGCAGUCUCCCUGCCUACGUUCCUCUUCCUGCUCUACUACUGGUGUGUGCCGGAGUCCCCUCGGUGGCUGUUAUCGCAAAAAAGAAACACUGAAGCAAUAAAGAUAAUGGACCACAUCGCUCAAAAGAAUGGGAAGUUGCCUCCUGCUGAUUUAAAGAUGCUCUCCCUCAAAGAGGAUGUCACCGAAAAGCUGAGCCCUUCGUUUGCAGACCUGUUCCGCACGCCGCGCCUGAGGAAACACACCUUCAUCCUGAUGUACCUGUGGUUCACCGCCUCUGUUCUCUAUCAGGGGCUCAUCCUGCACAUGGGCGCCACCAGCGGGAACCUCUACCUGGAUUUCCUUUACUCCGCUCUGGUCGAAUUCCCGGGGGCCUUCAUAACCCUCAUCACCAUUGACCGCGUGGGCCGCAUCUACCCCACAGCCGUGUCAAAUCUGUUGGCGGGGGCAGCCUGCCUCUUCAUGAUUUUUAUCUCACCUGACCUGCACUGGUUAAACCUCAUAAUCAUGUGUGUUGGCCGAAUGGGAAUCACCAUUACAAUACAAAUGAUCUGCCUGGUGAAUGCUGAGCUAUACCCCACAUUCGUCAGGAAUCUCGGAGUGAUGGUGUGUUCCUCCCUGUGUGACAUAGGUGGGAUAAUCACCCCCUUCAUAGUCUUCAGGCUGAUGGAGAUUUGGCAAGCCUUGCCCCUCAUUUUGUUUGCGGUGUUGGGCCUGCUUGCCGCGGGAGUGACGCUACUUCUUCCGGAGACCAAGGGGGUCGCUUUGCCAGAGACCAUGAAGGACGCCGAGAACCUUGGGAGAAAAGCAAAGCCCAAAGAAAACACAACUUACCUUGAGGUCCAAACCUCAGAACCCUUGGGCACCUGAGAGAGAUGCUUUGCGGCGAUGGAGUGUUGGAGGGAUGAAGAUGGAGUUAUCCUCUGCAGAAAUUCCUAGAUGCCUUCACUUCUCUGUAUUCUUCCUCAUACUUGCCUAUUCCCAAAUUAAUAUCAAUCCUAAAGAAUGGUUUGUGUGGGCUUUGUCUUAUUUUGUUUUCUUUCUUUUAAGUUCUCCAAAGCCCUGGCUAUCUUCCACCUGUGCAUUCGAUCUAGGGAAAGCUGUUGGUGCUAUUGGUAUCGGGUACUUAAUUAUCUAAAGGCUUUUGAAGAUCAGUAGAAUUUAUAUAUUGCUAUAAAAGAGGGCUGUGUAACUGGAUUCCUAGAAUAAGUAUUCUAGAAAGAAUUUUCUAGAAAGAAAAUUGGUUUGAUUCACUCUCUGAAAGAAAAUGCCUUUGCAUUUGUAGGUAUCUAUAUUGGUGAAAGCCUUUCAACAUGUAGAUUGCUUGGAGAGUACAAUCGGCCUUCCAUAUCUGUAGGUUCCACAUCUGUGGAUUCAACCCAUUGCAGACUGAAAAUAUUUGGGUAGCUGGGGUUGGUGGCUCACGCCUGUGAUCCCAACACUUUGGGAGGCUGAGGCAGGAGGAUUGCUUGAGCCCAGGAGUUUUUGACCAGUGUGGGCAACAGUGAGAGCCUGUGUCUACAAAAAAGAGAAAAAAGUUAGCUGGGUGUGGUGGCCCACACAUAUAGUCCCAGCUAUUAGGGAGGCAGAGGUGGGAGGCUCCACCUCUGCAGAAAUUCAAGGCUUCAGUGAGCCAUGAUUAUGCCAUUGCACACCAGCCUGGGCGACAGAACAAGACCCUUUCUCAAAAAAAAAAAAAAAAAAAGAAAAUAUUUGUGCAGAUAAGAUGGUUGCAUCUGCAUUGAAUGUAUACAGACUUAUUCUUGUCAUUAUUCUCUAAACAAUACAGUAUAGCAACUAUUUACGUAGCAUUUACAUUAAGUAUUAUAGUUACUCUAGAGAUGAUUUAAAAUAUAAGGGAGGAGGUAUGUAGGUUAUAUGCAAAAAUGACAUCAUUUUAUAUCAAGGACUUGAACAUUCUCAGAUUUUGGUGUCCAUGGGGGUCCUGGAACCAAUCCCUGCAGAUACUGAGGGGCAACUAUAAUGAUUUUUAGUAUGGAAACUCUGCCAGCAAACCAUGUCAUUGUGACCUUUACAUACACAUGAUAGAAUAAAACAUGCUCCUCAUUCAAACACCAGAAGCACCAUGGCCAUUUCAGGGAAGAUGUCUCUGCCCCCUUGUUCCGGGAAUAUUUUGUUCUAUCUCACUCUUGGUUUUGGUUCUCCUUGGUGAUUCUAGAAGGUGAACUCCUGUGCCAACCAUGAGAUAUCACAGUAAAUACAUCAAAGAGAGUUCACUUCAUGAUGAGUUAUGUGCUUCCUGAACCCUACACCAUGAUUUUGUUCCUGGAGGACACAAAAAACUUUAUUUUAAAGUUUCUUUACCUGUCAGGCAAAUCACAAAGAUAACAAUAGCCAGUCUUCAGAGUAUAUCAGGAAAAAGCUUCUAAUAGGAAUUGGAGGCAUGGUGAAAUACACGUGGUUGUAUUAUAGACACUUCUGGCCUGAUCUAGCUGAGGUCAGUGGUGGCCACAAGGACUUGAGAUCACAGAAGUGAGUGCCGAGCAGCACUUUGGUUGUGCUUUGAGAACAGACAUUGCUACUUAAAAACUCAAAUCUUUGUCCUUGGGAAAAAAAAACAAAAAAUAAAAAACUCUCAAUGGUGGAGUGAACCUGGCCCUUCAUUUCAGUGUUGGAAGCAAUGCCCUUGCUCUGUACUUUAUACUUUCUGACGAGAAUGAUCACACCAUUUACUGGUCACAAAUAUGUAAAUUGUAGGCUUUGAAUG